UGUAUGCCACAAUCCUUCUGGCCGCAGUUGUAGAUAGCACUUUUUGGGUGCUCAAAAAUGAUUGUACUGAAAUCCAGAAUAGGGCUGAAAUUAGAGCCAGGGGAUUUCUUCAUGAAGAUGUUUAUUGUUUUGCUGGUGGCUUAUGCUACCAGCUCCAUGGCGCUGGUCCUAGGAGCAGGUGAGAAGUCGAUGGAUGUAGAGACAUUUCUCGUGAACAUCACCUUGCGGUUAUGACGAUUUUCUUGGGUAUAACGCUGAAUUUUGAAACGGUAAAGCCUUGGUUSUCCUGGCUCCAGUACUUCAGUAUUCCUUACUAUGGCUAUAUGGCUUUGCUGCAUAAUGAAUUUUUGGGACGAAACUUCUGUCCACGACUUAGUCCAACAGAAAGCCGUGGCUGUGCCAGCUAUGUGAUAUGUACAGGAGAAGAAUACUUGACAAUGCUUGGCAUUGAUCUCUCACCUUCCAGCUUGUGGAAGAAUCUUCUGGGUUUAGCUUGUAUGAUAAUUUUAUUCCUCAUAAUUACAUACCUAAAAUUGAUAUUUCUGAAAAAUCAUUUUUAA